AUGAAUGAUUCAGCUCCGUCUCCGCAGGCACCCAUGGCUGCCCCACCCGCCGCAAGCGCUACGGUUCUCCCAGCGGCAAAUCUCGCAGCUAGUGCACCGCCAGGUGCAACGAGAGCCGGCCACCGUAAGCGCCUUCCCGAGGAACUCGCGGAAUCUCCACAUACACAGACGCCUCGCAUUGAGGCAAUCGAUGAGCGCAAGCAGCUCUGCCGCACGCGGUUGUACCCGACUCCUCUGCGAGUGCUGGCUACCGAAGGCGCAGAGCGGCGCGGCGAAACUUUCGGCGCAAGCCCCACAGUGACUGGUGCCACGUCCAACGACUCUGUUUUCGGGGCUCCCUUGAUGCGUCCCCCGCUGCCCGCUGUCCUGCCUGCGGCUGGUGCGCCGGCAUCGCUCAGCAUAGUCAAGACGGUACCGUUUUCGGAGGAGGAGCACCUUGCAUGGCUCUGCGCACCUGCGUCGCAGACAGAGAGCCGCGCAAGCGCGGCGGUGGCUCCGGAAGUGAUGGCGGCGUCCCACGGCCUCGCCCGCACUGAGGGAAUUCCUCUCGCACAAAGUGAAGGAGAGCGCAGGCACGAACCCGACAGUCGCACUGUUGGCGCGACUGCAGCUCAGCAACCCCAGCUUUCCUCCGGAGCUUCUGACGUGCAUGGAAACGCUGCGCCUGCUCGUCUACAGGGCCUGGCGGCGGCACCGAUUGCAACCGCGCCUAACCCAGCCACGCCGUUGGCGCCGCAACAUGGGGAAAUCAGCUAUGAGAGGAGCUUCUCUGUUCUCACGUCGUGGGACGCAUUGAUGGUGGCGCCACCACUACUGCGCACCACGCCCCGCAUGCCGAGCCUCUUGACCCAAGAUGUCGCCAGCAUUGGUACCGCUUCUGUGCACUUGAGCAGGUCGACCUCCGUAACCCACGCGUGCGUGAGCGACGAUGUUGCGCGUAUACCGUCAACGGGUUCACGUGGCGAAUUGCUCAUCGGCACCUCUCCUGCAACGGAAAAGGGCGAAGCAAGACAAGACGAGGCAGGCUCUGACGCGGUGUUGCAGCAGCCUGUCUUCCCACCGUCGUGCUGCACCCGCUUUCCCACCACAGUCUCCUCUAGACUGCAAGACGACGGGCACGAGUGGUUCCCCGAAGGCCUGUUGCAUCAGGUCGAGGAGGAUAGCGCGCGCACCUUUGUGAAGCACUUUACGAACGGCCUUGUGUUCGUCGACCCGCCGUGGUUCAUCUGUCCAGUGCUGCUGGACAACUGCGAACACCCAUACUACAUGACAUGGCUGGAUGAACUCGAAGUCGGCUCCGUGGAGGAGGCGGUGGCAGAGGCCAAGGCAAAACUGUUGACAGAUGCGUAA